AAUCUAUCUAGAUUUCAUUAUCCAAUCUAUUUAAUGUGAUAAUGGGUUAAUAAAUCUGUUACAACAUUGAUUAUUUUAGCAAUAUCUAGAUAUUGAAUAUCAAUAGCCAUAAUGUUGAGACUAUAAUUUAUGAACGAGAUGGUGGAGAUUUUUUGCUUGAGUGGAUGAUUUUGAUGGAGUUUUAUUUUCUGAGCUGGAUGAUUUGGUUAUGGAGCUUUCAUUAUUCUUCUGUAUGACAUCAUCAGUAUAAACUUCAGAUAGAUGUGAAGCGUUCGGAUUUCUCCAUAUGUGGUUUACAGCUUGUCCUGUACACCUCGAUGUUGAUUGGUUCUUGUUGACCUUAAACAUGUCAUUGUUUACUUCUUUGUUUUGGUGGUAUCUCCCAUUGGUUUGAUAUUUGUUCCUAUGUUUGUGCAUAAUUUUCCUGAUUGGUUGAUCAAUUAACAACAUCGAGGUGUAAAAGACAAGCUGUGAACCACAUAUGGCGAAAUCCGAACGCUUCACAUCUAUCUGAAGUUUGUACUGAUGAGGUCGUUCAGAAGAAUGAUGAAAGCUCCAUGACCAAAUCAUUCAGCUCAUAGAACAAAACUCCAUAAAAAUUUAUGAACAACUUCAGAGCAACGCACAUCACUAUGACUAUUAAGCGCACAACCUAUUCAGGCGCGUUUAUGAAAAGUUUACAACCUUUCGCUAUACGGGAUACAAAAAGGUACAAUCAGCGACAUCAUGGUUGCUGGCAAUAUGCAUUGAAACAAAUGAACAGUAAUCAAAUGUGGAUUACCGAACUUCUAACAUCUAACUGGUCAUCAUUCAAAAUUUAUCGUCACAAUCGAUCAAGGUAUAAGAAAAGGAAACUUGUUGAAAUACUUUAUGCUGAGAAUUCUAUGUUGUACCAAAAAUAUAAUGUUGAAUAAAGCUUCUAAUAAUAAUAAUAAUAAUAAUACUAC